CUACAUCAGGUGCCGAGAGGGCAGCUUUUGUAAAUUGGAUCGGCAGUCAAAACAAGCAUCCGGUUUUGAAGUGACUAGGGCAAGUGCUUGGGCUUUUAUUGCGAAUACAGUACUCCUUCAACGGGUUUGCUCUCAAAACCUCAAUGCUAGCAAGAGUAGUAUGAACACGAGUUUUGUUUCUGGAGAUAAACCUUUCAAUAAAGUGACAGAGAAUGAGAAUGCGAUUGGUCUAGUCUUUUUGGACAUGGGCGUUAUGCAUUCUCCCAAUUAUUGACCCGACCGAUGUCAUUCACAUCUCCUAACUAAUUGUGCUAAUAUCUGUCUACUCACCUGUUGUCGUUUUGAAUGACCAGUCUCCAGCCAAGCGAACCUAGCGUCUUAGGUUAUUGGACAGCAUAGUGGACGUGUGAAAUUUCGACUAGCAUCAUGGCUUCCAGCCAGCAGAAAGCUCCUGCAUUGCUGGAUACCUCGGCAGAGGGGAAGCGAACAGAGCUCAGAACAAAUGAAGUACAAAAAAAAUGCUCAUGGGCCUCUUACAUGACCAACUCCCCCACUGUGAUUGUAAUGAUUGGUCUUCCUGCCAGAGGGAAAACCUAUAUGUCCAAGAAGCUGACGCGCUACCUGAACUGGAUAGGAGUGCCAACUAAGGUGUUCAACCUGGGGGUCUACAGGCGAGAGGCUGUGAAAGCCUACAAGUCUUAUGACUUCUUCAGACAUGACAACGAGGAGGCCAUGAAAAUCAGGAAACAGUGUGCUCUGGUGGCUUUGCGGGACGUCAAAGCAUAUCUGACUGAGGAGGGAGGCCAGAUAGCUGUUUUUGAUGCCACAAACACCACCAGAGCGAGGAGAGAAUUAAUACUUAGUUUUGCCAAGGAACAUGCUUACAAGGUGUUUUUUGUCGAGUCAUUGUGUGAUGACCCUGAUGUCAUUGCUGCUAAUAUUAUGGAUGUGAAGGUGUCCAGUCCAGACUACCCAGAGAGAAAUCGAGAAAGUGUGAUGGAAGAUUUUCUAAAAAGAAUAGAAUGUUAUAAAGUCACAUAUCAACCAUUAGAUCCAGAUGAACACGAUAGGGACCUGUCCUUCAUUCAGGUAAUCAACGUUGGCCGGAGCUUUCUGGUUAACAAGGUGCAGGACUACAUUCAGAGCAAGAUUGUGUACUACCUCAUGAACAUCCAUGUGCAUUCCCACUCCAUCUACUUGUGUCGGCACGGAGAGAGCAACCACAAUGUGGAGGGACGCAUUGGGGGCGAUGCAAUGCUGUCUGAUCAAGGGAAAAAGUUUGCUGGCGCACUGAAGGAUUUUGUGGAGGAACAUGGUCUGCCAGACCUUAAGGUGUGGACCAGCCAGCUGAGAAGGACCAUCCAGACUGCUGAGGAGCUUGGCGUGCCCUACGAGCAAUGGAAGAUCCUCAACGAGAUUGAUGCUGGGGUGUGUGAGGAGAUGACCUAUGAGAGAAUUAAGGAAACCUUCCCAGAGGAGUUUGCCUUGAGAGACCGGGACAAGUACCAUUACCGCUACCCAGGCGGAGAGUCAUACCAGGACCUUGUGCAGAGGUUAGAGCCUGUUAUCAUGGAGCUGGAGCGUCAGGGAAACGUGUUGGUCAUCUGUCACCAAGCUGUGAUGCGAUGUCUGCUUGCCUACUUCCUGGAUAAGAGUGCUGAGGACCUGCCCUACUUGAAGUGCCCCCUUCACAUGGUUCUAAAGCUCACCCCUGUGGCCUAUGGUUGUAAAGUAGAAAUGUUUGACCUGAAAGUAGAGGCUGUGAACACGCACCAGGAUAGACCAUUAGAAAAAAUAGGUAAUGACAUGGUUCCCGUCACAUUUCUUCGGAGGAAUAGUUUCACCCCCCUGUCCAGUCACGACCAGGUGAAGCGGCCGCGUCUGUACAGCGCUGGUAACCCACCUCAAUCCCGACGGCCCCUGGCCCCCUUUCUACCCAGCAUGCAGUCCUCUGAGGACCCUGAGGUGGCAGAGAUGACACAAAACCAGGAGUCUAAGACCUUCAGCCAAGGGGACUCAGAAGAAGUUGUCCACAGUUGAAGAUGACCGAGAAGGCGGUCCCCACUGCCACACAUCCUUUCUGCCUUUAGACCUGGGUUCAAAUACUACUUGAAAACCUUUAAAUAUAUUUACCAUUUCCUUUAGCUUGCCUUGAGCACCAGACAGACUGGUUCUAACUUGCAUCUGUGAGUUCCAUUGCAAUAGGCAAGAGCUAUAAAGCACAACUAAAUUACUCCUAGUACUUCAACCCCGGUUCCCUCUGUAUCUAGUGACUCCAGUUCUGAGGGAAUAACCAACUAGUGCUCAGGCCUGCUUCAUACCAUGCCCUCCUUACAAGUUUGAUUUUCAAGCACAACACCUAUAACAACAAAUGGUCAUUGUUGUUCUAAUGGCCAGAAUGUUAUACUGUUGUUCAAUUCUGUUUUCAGAAUUUUUUUGUGGUGUUUGUGGGUGAAGAAAAAUGACAAAAACAGGCAUACAUGCCGUUUCAAACUUCCUGAUUCAACAUAUAAAGUUUUACUUACUGUAAAGACAAAUCUAGAAUGUUUAAAAGUGGACAUCCUAUCGGAUAUUUUUGUAGAUUUUAGUGUUUUAGUAGAUUUUACAUUAACUUCAUGAAGAGGGUAGACGACACCUUAAAAAAAACUAAGCACUGACUACCACUGUACACUGUCUUACUUUUUUUUGUUAAAUGCUAUAUAUAUAUACAUACAUACGUAUUUGAUACAAUGUCGAUUUUGCAGGUUUUCCU